ACUCCACAACGGCCACAGCUCCCCCAACUUUGGACCUCACUCAGCCUGCAACACUGAUACAGAAGACAAAAGGAGGAGGUCAAGAGCCUCUGCUACUGUGCCCAGCACAAGGGGACUAGAAGGGAUGAGCAACUACAACGGCAAGAUUCUUACAAGAGGCUCCAACCAAGUACGGAGCCGGUUUGUAAAGAAAAAUGGACAAUGUAAUGUCAUAUUCACCAACAUGGAGGACAAGAGGCAGCGCUACCUCGCUGACAUCUUCACCACUUGUGUGGACAUUCCCUGGAGAUACCUGCUCCUUAUAUUCUGCACCAGCUUCAUGGUGUCCUGGCUUUUUUUUGGGAUUAUCUUUUACAGUGUCUCUUUGGCACAUGGGGACUUUCAGGAGCACCCUUCGGUGAAAGGUGAUGUGCUGGCAGUGGGGGGGUUGUAUGGACCCACUUCUGGACACACAGCUGGAGGGCAGACACAAAGGAUUCCCUGCAUACUUCAUGUCCAGGGUUUUGUUGGGGCGCUCCUCUUCUCCAUGGAGACGCAGACCACCAUUGGUUAUGGCUGGCGCUGUGUGACCGAAGAGUGCCCUGUUGCUGUGAUAACGGUGGUUAUCCAGUCCAUUGUGGGCUGCAUCAUUGACUCUUUCAUGAUUGGCACCAUCAUGGCAAAGAUGGCACGUCCAAAGAAGAGGAACCAGACCCUUAUGUUCUCCAAAAAUGCUGUCAUUGCUCUGCGCGAUGGCAAGCUGUGCCUCAUGUGGAGGGUGGGCAACCUGCGGAAGAGUCACAUUGUAGAGGCUCACGUCCGUGCCCAACUCAUACGUUCAUAUGUCACAGCUGAGGGUGAGUUUAUCCCCUUGGAGCAGAUGGACCUCAAUGUGGGCUAUGAUGAGGGCACAGACAGGUUGUUUCUAGUAUCCCCGCUGGUUAUAGUUCAUGAGAUAGAUAAAGAUAGCCCUCUGUAUACUUUAAGCAGAGCUGAUCUGGAGACAGAUGACUUUGAGAUUGUUGUGAUCUUGGAGGGGAUGGUGGAGGCCACAGCCAUGACCACCCAGUUCCGUAGCUCCUACCUUGCUAGUGAGAUUUUCUGGGGUCACAGGUUUGAGCCUGUAAUCUAUGAGGACCGGGACCGCUACAAGAUAGACUAUGCUCGCUUCCACAAUACCUACGAGGUGCCGUCAACACCCCACCUCAGCGCCAAGGAGCUUGAGAGGCUGCAAGCCGGGCCUCUUCUACUGCUUCUCCCAUCUCUGCAUGUAGAACCACACAAGAUUUGAUUCCCAGGUCACUGAGUGAAUUUUGUUAUGAGAACGAGGUUGCAUUAACCUGUGGGGAGGAGGAUGAUGACAUCUUUGACUCCUCUCUGAUUGUAGGGAAGGACAGA